UUUGAUUUACUUUAUUGAUACUUGUUUUGACACUGGGAAGUUAAACGUCGGCUGUAUUGUUAAUGCGUGUCGUGAUUAAGCUUACUAUUUAAAACUUAAACUUACUUAUUGAAGGACGUAUGUAAAUUAAAUUUGUCAAAUUAUCGGCAUAAUGCGUGGCUUACAUGCAUGAUAUAUUUUGUUCCAUUAACAGCAGUAUGGACAACUUUUUACUGGUUCAAAUCACUGCAAUUGUCUUCCUUUUAUUCGUAAUCCAAUAUCAUCAUAGUACGAAUCAAGUUAAAACAUUUCACUCAAGAGUAAAAUGAGACACUAAAUGAUUACUUUAUUGCUGGUUUAUUCGAUGUUAGAUGUCUAUUGAGGGCCAUUGUGGCUAGUGCUUGGGUAAAUCUGAAUUUCGGGAUCUCUGUGUCAGAAGAAAGGAAGUUGAAGUAAACGCAAUGGCCGAAAAAAAUAAUAAAAUGGACUUUUUGGAUAAUCUUGAAGGUACAGUGAUUAAAACCGGCAAUAUGGUAACGUUUGUCGCAGAAGACUUGGAAACUAAACUAAAACAAACAAGUCCUACAUCACCAGUACGACCUUUGGGUAGAUUUUUCUUAGAUUCAAAUUUACUUGACGAACUAGAAUUUGAGGCAAAGAACAUUGCUGCUUCUGUUGAUACAUUAACUGAGACUCUUUCAGAAGUAUUGCAUAGUAUGUCUGCACUCACUGUAGAAUGUUUAGAAAUUUAUAGAGACGUCGUUUGUAAGACUUGCGACUCUAUCGACACAAAUAUUAGAUCAAUGUAUCAACUAAUGGCCAAAUGUGAAGAGCUUUCUAAGGAAAUGGAAUCAGUCUAUAAAUUAGCUCAACAAAUUAAAGAUAUAAAACACGUUUUAGAUUUAUUUGAAAAUGCACUAAAUUAAUUUUAAAUUAUAUCUCGUUUAAUUUAUUAUUACCUUAUACUUACCAAGUAUGUAAUAUUACAUCAUUAUAUAAAAAGUACAAUUAUAAAAAUUACAAUUGUUAAAAUUACAUACAAAUUACUUGAUCAUUCAUUUUUUUAAAAAUGUCAUUGAAUCUAGUCCUAAUUUAACUAAAAGUAAUUAUAUCCGAGUAGUGUAAAAUAUUUUAUUUGUUUUUUAUAAGUUUAUUUUUACCAUGAUACCAUUUUAUAAUUUUAAUUUCGAUGCAAUUAAUCAAUCUAUUUAAUAUAAUAUAAACUAAUGAAUAUUUAAUUAUUAAAUUUGUAUUAUAUAUUUUGUUGGGGAGAAAAAAACAUAAUUUUAAUAAAAAAAAGUAUUUGAUCAAAAGCUAAACCAAAAUUAGAAUUUUUUUUUACUUUACAUGAUUAGAUAUGCUUUUUAUCAAAAAGCUAGUUGAACAUUUUUUUUGGGAGUCACUAAAAUUGUGUCAAGUUUCCUUCUUACUAUUUCGAUAAUUAGAAAAUUGAUUUUCAAAAUAUGUAUGUUAUUAUAUACAAG